AUGCUGAUAUCAGAAAAUAAUCCUCAAGUGACUACUGUGCUUUAUGAAACUCUUUGGUUCCGUUCGAACGCAUUUUGUGCCCGGUAUAAGUACCGAGGAUUCAAACAUGGUUGUGGUCAAGUUUUGAAUAAAACGGCCUACCUUCACGCUAAUCGCUCUGCAACAAACCACGGUCAUGAAUGGCGACAAGGUAGGAAGCUAAUAUUUCAUUCAAGGCUUCGACAAUCUUCACAAUGCAAUAACAAAGAUGUUGGUCAAGGCUUUGAAUGCCAGUUAUCAUUGGAAAAAGAACUGGUAAUUUGCAUACAGAAUUUAGCAAGACCCUCUCACAAAUACAGUCUCGCGCCACCGCCUCAGCCUCAGUUCCGUCAUGGGGGAAGAGUAGAGACCAAAAUGUACCCUCUGGCAUUCACGCAGCCAGGAAGCAACCCAAUAUUAGCACAAUCAGAGAGCCUUGGUGCUGUAAUAACAUAG